AUGCGGCAAAGGCGACGGGUACAAGAGGAAGGGCGGCAGGAGGAAGCAGAGGGAGGUUGGCGGGUUGGUUGGGUGCAGACGAGUGAUGCAGGGGCGAAUGAAAGGACGCCGCAGCAGGGAGAGCAGAUCGAGCGAAGAAGCAGAAAGGGGGGAGAUCAAGGCAAGGAGGAGGGGGGACAGGAUGGGGACGGGGAGGGGGAGGGGGAGGGCAUGAGUCGGGACUUUGCGUUUGAGGAGUAUCGGUGGCAGCCCCAUGGGAUGCAGCACCGCACGGUGGCGCUGGUGGGCGACUCGCUCAGCCGCCAGCAGUUCCUCUCGCUGCUCUGCCUGCUCGCCCCACACCCCCGAGUGCUGCCCCCCAACCACACCCGCCCGCUCAACGCAGUCAACGGGGGCGGGCAGGGCGUGGCGGUGGUGGACGUGGGGUGGCGCUUCAACCUCACAUGGGGCGCGCCUGUGCGCGGAACUGCCAGGGGCGCUGCUGUGUGGCUGCCUGGCAGCAACACCACGCUGCUGCAGCGCACCUCCAACCUGCUGUGCCACGAGCACAUGCUGCCCGCUGCCGUGCCCGUGGAGGAAGAGGGAGAGGAGGAGGAGGAGGGGGGGGAGGAUGAGAAGAAGGAAGGGGGGAGUAAGGGGGAGAGUGUGGAGGAGGGAAGGGAGGAGGGCGGGCAGGGGCGGCGGCAAGUGGGAGCGGGGAGGAGGAGGCAGUACCGGCGGGUGGUUCGGGUGUAUGAGGCGGACGAGUGGCUGCUGCAGCACCUGUGGCGCCUGGACGUGGUCGUGCUCAGCACUGCCAACCACUGGACUGCCAGCAGUUUCAGAGCCAACCAGCAGGCCGUGCAGAACUCCCCCACCGCGCGCCCGUUCAUGCCGUCUGAGAGUCAAUUGGAGUCAACGCCAUUCAUGGCUGGCCUGCGCAGGCAGGCACUGCUGGCAGUCAUGCGCUCGCUGGCGCUCGCCGCUGUCCGCUCUGCCCGUGCCGCUCCGCCCGUCAUCUUCCUGCGCUCCGCCUCGCCCAGCCACUUCACCGGCGGCACCUUUCAAUCUGGUGGCCGCUGUGACAUGCAUGCGGUGAGUGCAGAGAGCAAUGCAUGCGAGCAACCGCUGCUGCCCCACAGGCAGCUGCUGCCACGGGAGGUGGUGAAUGGGUCUGUGGUGGGGCAGGGCGAUGGCGCUGUAACGCAGGGGCGAGGGGGGCGAAUGAUUCGUGACUGCGUGCACUGGUGCCUGCCUGGCGUGCCUGACACCUGGAACCAGCUCAUGCAGCGAGCCAUCCAUCUCCGACACAAAGAUGUUGACGUUUUGAUUCACGGGAAUGACCUUGCCGCCUCUGAUGACCUUGCUGCCACUAUGCCUGGCGCCCCACCCUCUGCCUUGGCCGUGCAUGAGUCCACGUGGGGGCAGCCCAGCAUCCCGUGGCUGCGCCUGCUGGACGCCCUCCCCCUCUCCCUCAUGCGCCCAGACGCCCACGUCGUCGCCUUCCCCCUGCUCCUCAACGGCCCCCCUCUGCCUCACCCGUUCAUGUCAGAGCAACCGCUGCUGCCCCACAGGCGGCUGCUGCCACGAGAGGUGGUGAAUGGGUCUGUGGUGGGGCAGGGCGAUGGCGCUGUAACGCGGGGGCGAGGGGGGCGAAUGAUUCGUGACUGCGUGCACUGGUUCCUGCCUGGCGUGCCUGACACCUGGAACCAGCUCAUGUAUGCCGACCUCUUGCAAUCUGGCCUUCUUGCUAUCAUUUGA